GACGCGCUGGGCUCUGGUUUCCCAGUUCCGGCUGCUGCGCGGGGCUAGCGGGGCUUCCACCGAUGGCGCGCUGGAGAGAGGGGCGAGGGUGGCGCCUGGGGGAGACUCCGAGCAGACACCGGUGUUCUCGCGGCUGAGGACAGUUCUAACGCGCGCGCGGCGCUUCGUGCGGUCCUGGGACCUUUCUGGCCAAGAGGGCGCUGGCUUUGGUGGGGAGGGGACAAGCCCAGAACUGCCCGGGCGCGGGGGCGGGCGCAGAGAGUCCCCGGGAGGGUGCCCCCAGCAGGACGGGAGCAGUGACGGGGAGUCCUGAGACCUCCACCAAGCAAACCUUCCCGGGGCCCGUGGAAAGGCGCAAAGGUCACCAAUGCAAAGGCAGGGCGUCGGCAGUGAGCCCGGAGAAGCUGCUGGGAAGCCUGGAUGUGAGGACGGUGGGGUUUUGUGGCGGGUAGAAGUGUCUGCAAGGAAACGUUAAAUACCGGAGGCACGCACAGUCCGACGUCCGGCGUAGGUGGUGCAAGUUUUCUGCUGGGAGUGGGGAGGACGGCUAUAGUUAGUUGAGGUGGUCCAAGGUGACAGGAAAGUGCUGGAGGAGUCGGUUGCUCUAGGGAUUGCAAGCCAGAAUAUUACCCACCUCCUUUCAAUAAACGGGUUUAUUGCAAAUAGAUAACAUGGUCAGGAGUCCAGGCGACGCAGCAUUUGGAAGCUUUCAGUCAGCAAGAGGCGCACCUGCUGAGGCACAGGAGCAUCAGAUCCAUGCUGCUGCUGACUCGGGGCCCCAUGGCUUGGCACAGGCUCUCUCAGCUAAAGCCCCCAGCCCUCCCUGGGACCCUGGGAGGCCAGGCCCUGCAUUUGAGGUCCUGGCUUUUGUCAAGGCAGGGUCCUGCAGAGACAGGUGGGCAGGGCCAGCGCCAGGGCCCUAGGCUUCGAACCAGGCUGCUGAUCACAGCCAUGUUUGGAGCUGGACUGGGUGGGUUCUGGCUGGCCCUGAGGGCUGAGAAGGAGAGGCUGCGGCAGCAACAGCGAAUGGAAGCCCUACGCCAGGCAGCUGUGGGCCAGGGCGACUUCAGCCUGCUGGACCACAAAGGCCAGGUUCGCUGCAAGGCUGACUUCCGGGGCCAGUGGGUGCUAAUGUACUUUGGCUUCACUCACUGCCCUGACAUAUGCCCGGACGAGCUGGAGAAACUGGUGCAGGUGGUGCAGCUGCUGGAAGCAGAGCCUGGUUUGCCUGCAGUGCAGCCUGUCUUCAUCACUGUGGACCCCGAGCGGGACGACGUCAAAGCCAUGGCCCGCUAUGUCCAGGACUUCCACCCAAGGCUGCUGGGUCUGACGGGCUCCACCGAACAGGUUGCCCAAGCUAGUCAGAGUUACCGCGUGUAUUACAGCGCUGGCCCCAAGGACGAGGACCAGGAUUAUAUUGUGGACCACUCCAUUGCCAUUUACCUGCUCAACCCUGAUGGCCUCUUCACCGACUACUACGGCCGGAGCAGGUCGGCUGAGCAGAUUGCAGACAGUGUGCGGCAGCACAUGGCGGCUUUCCGCAGCAUCCUGCCUUAAGCCCCUGUGGGCUGGGCUCCAUCAUUAAACGGGGUACCUUUAA